CAGCAGACCUGCGGAUAGGAGAGGUCCAGUGGGGAGACAGUGGAGUUUACUUCUGUAAGGUGAUCAUAUCUGAUGAUCUGGAUGGACACAAUGAAGCUUCGGUGGAGCUGCUGGUCCUCGGUUUCUCAGCUGUGCCUGAAGAUCUGCUUCCUGGCUUUGAUUUGAAGAUUAUGCCAGAGUGGGCCUUUGUGGCAGCUGUGGUUCUUGGGAGUGUUUUGUUCCUGCUGUUGGUGGGGGUCUGCUGGUGUCAGUGUUGUCCCCACUCCUGCUGCUGCUACGUCAGCUGCUGGUGCUGCCCCGACAYGUGCUGCUGCCCCCGACACCUGUACGAGGCAGGUAAGGGUAUAAAGACCGGCAGCUCCACUCCUCAGUCUCCAACCUACCCCCCGUACUUUGUUUCUGGACUUCCUGCCAUGGUCCCCAUAGCUCCACCGUCUCUGGUGGACAAGGUCUCUACUGUCCCACCCUCAGACGGCAGCCUGAUCGCAGCAGUAUCUCCAGUUCCCAUGCCUGCUGUGUACUGCGUACCUCCACCACAGGACCACAACUCUCUCAGGGUUCUGCAGUACAUAGAGAAACAGCUGGCUGACUUCAACCCAUCUAGACCCAUCAGCCAAAAGUCCUGUAGCCCCUCAGAGCUCAGCUCCCUCCACCAAGGAGAAAACGGGUUCCGUCAGUCUUACCGGACCGUCCAGAAGAAAGCUCUGCCCGCCAUCCCCGACCAGGACUCUCGACCCGAGCCGCAGGCUCUCCAUGAGAACCGCAGUCCAGAUCUGCAGCGUCCCCAUAAAAAACCCCCAUCGCCUCAUCGUUACCGUCUCGACCCUGACUCGGACCCUCGUGACCCACAAGACGUGCCUCUGCUCCCACGGCGGUACAGUGACGACCCGCCGCCACACAGAACCGGUCGGACUCAGCGUCAGCAGAACUCUGAGGAGGAGGACAAACCCCACAGGUGGAACCCUCGAUCAGAACAUCUGCACAGGAAGAMGUACCGCUGCUCCGGACAGACGGGCUCGCUGGAUGAGCUGGAGGAGUUCGCCUCUUCUUACAGGCAGAGAGGAGGAAGAGGAGCAGAACGCAGGGAUGAAGAACAGGUGGACUACGAGGUGGAGCUGCUGGAGUUCAGUCGGUACCCGUCCUACAGAAACGGACCUUCUCAGCACUAUUACAACAGUGAUCCUGAGGACAACAGUGAGGAUGGACACAGACAGACUGGGAGACACAGACAGGACAUAAGUCCUUUACCGUCUCCUAAAAGGAAGGAGGACAGAGAGGGAACUGUCCCACCUCCUCCCACCAGGAGUCCAGCUCCGGGUUCUGCUGGAGAAAAGGACUACGAUCCCUCAUUCCUGGACAGUCUUCUGGAUCGGAAGGCCAAGUUGCGUGGAGCGGGUCAGGGGAAGGGCGGGGCCCGGCCCGAGGACGACUCCGACACGCCCUCCAAAGGCAGCUCGAAAAAAAGCAGCCGGGAGUCCAACCGGCACCACGGCCACUCACCUGCGACCAGAACCGAGGCAGGCUCCGCCCCUUUCUUUGAGUCUGACAGAACCAGAACAGAGCGUCCGUCACCGAGGCCGCUCCCUGCACACAGUCGCUCCUCUCCACCUGGUCUGUCCCCCCAGGACCACCGGGACGAGGCCAGAGACAAGUCCCGCAAAGUGCAGAACCAGGUCCUCAGCAGAGACUCUCUGAUCGUCUGAUCCUGGUCCUGCUGGAGACUGAAGACCUGGAGCGGCCCUGAAACAGCAGGAACCACAGAACCACACAGCGGACUCGGAGGGAGGAUUAUUAAUUUGGACCAGAAGAACAGAGCUGAGCCAGCACAAACCCUCAGACCACCUGACCUCACCGAGUGACGGGGUGUCAGAGUGAGUCAUGUAGACCUCUUCUAAACACUUGAACUAAUGUGAAGAAGUCCGUCUGACCCAGCCUGUUGGACCCGGACGGUCCCUCUCAGCAGGACUUUGUUGUCUCUUCAGAAUAAUGAAGUUCUUCUGUUUCAUCUGCUGAGAUUCUGGAGGGAAAAACACUGAGACACACACACACACACACACACACACACACACACACACACACACACACAC